AUGACUGUAUAUCGUUGUAUUCUUGUAUCUUUAUUUCUUUUAUUUUUAUUUUUAUUUUUCUGCCAACAUUUCGUGAAACUAAUUCCUCCUUUACCAUGUUUUCCCAUUUUCUUUCCAGGUUGUCCACUCACGACAAGUUCACACUGCUUGAAAUGCAAUCGCGAGGGUUGCAUCAAGUGCACCUUUUACCUGGUCACCGAUACGCGCCAAUGUGUGGAGCGUUGCCCAUCUGGCUAUGUUGAUCAAUGGUCGGCGCACACAGAGUUCAUGGGUCGAGUGUGUGUACCCAUUGGCUAUUCCGGUGCACUGAUGGCUGCAUUGGCCGGCAUGUUUGGCGGUUUCCUAGUCUGUCUCUCUAUCUUGGCUGUGGCCGUGAUGCUGGUGAAACGUCGCCGUCGACGCAAGGCCAUCAAACAGAAAUUGAUAAAUGAAAAUACCAUGGAUCGUUCGGAUUUUUUACGUCAGUUGAAUGAUAUGCGCCCCAAUGCCGAAUAUUUCUUGGCCAUGUUGAACGAUACGAGGCGUCAGAUACGUAAGCUCUAUUUGGCUGGUGAUGUGGCGGCAGCCAAUUCGUACAGACCGAUUGUGCGAGAUUUGGCUCGAAUUUUGAUUUUACUUAAUCGACCAAUAGAAUUGAUACCAGCUGCGCCGCAUGACUGGAAUCGUUUGUAUACAUGGUCUGAGCAGGUGCUUGAGCGGUAUAGGCCUCAGGUAGGCCAGUUGAUUGAUAUCUUUCAAAAUUCGAAUGGCGUGGAUGUGGAUGAGUUUGAUGCCACCUCGGUGUAUAGGCAAAAAGUGGGCGGUGGAGGGUUUUAUAAACAGAGUGCCACUCUGCAAUCUUCGUCAAAUUUAACAGCCGGCAAGGGUGGAGGAAAUGGCAGCAAAUCGCAAAAAAUGCAUUUAUUCGGCUCCCUCAUUAGCCUGCACGAGUUUGAGGAGCCCCGCCCCUCCGAUCCCUUUGGCAGUAGCUUUAAUACCCUUAAAAGUGGUAAUCUCAUAUCCGAUCUCAAUGCUAGUUCAUUGUGGCUGGAGGAUGAGUUCUAUAAAUUAGGCUUUCGACCGCAAGAUGAAAUAACGACUGAACUUUAGAGUAGCAGCAACUCAUUAGCAUCAGCAUCUUUGCGAAGGUAUUUUUAAAGUGUAUUUUCUGUUAUCAUUUUUUUUUUUUUUUUUUGUUAAAUCAAAAAUAAAAUUCAAAACUUUAUUUUUCUCUUUUUUAAAAAAUUAAGUUUUCGUUGUAAACUGUGAAUAUGUUUUUUUAGUUUAAUUAUUAUAAUUACAUUUUUUGUACUUGUAUUUGAUCUUAAUUUAUAUGUAAAUCUGGAAGUAUUAUUGUUAAUCAAGUUGGUCCAAAAUAAUGUCCAAACUCAUAACAAACAAAAAAAGUGCUCAAAUGAAUAAAACAAAGAACAAGAAAACAAAACGAAUAAAAAUGUAAAUAAAACAACAAA